GUAUGUCAUUUCCCGUGGCUGGUUUCCGGGAGACGAUUUGGAAUUUUCGCCAUGGGUUACAGUGGUUUGACGGUGCCCAUCAUCGUUCUGACUGUUUUCUGGGGUGUUGUGGGCGGUGUUGUGCCCUGGUUCAUCCCUAAAGGACCGAAUAGAGGUGUUAUUAACACUAUGCUGGUGACAAGUGCUGUUUGCUGCUAUCUUUUCUGGCUGAUUGCAAUCCUGUCCCAAUUAAACCCCCUGUUUGGUCCACAGUUGAAAAAUGAAACAAUCUGGUACUUGCGUUACCAAUGGCCUUGAAUAUCUUUGAUCAGAGAAAGAAGAUACCUUUAAAAUCGCUGCAAUCGAUUCAUUUCCUUUGCAUGUAAGCGGCUUUCGUAGAUGCAACCUUUGCAAAUGGCAUUCAGCAGUGGUGGAUGUUUUGCAUUCUGGUUUAUAAUUCAGCAAUUGGUAUUGAUGCUUAGAGUUUGAAGUAAUAAAACUAAUGUGUAAAUAUUUUGCAAUAUAUUGGAAGCUUGACUCUGCUUAUAUGUUAUACACCUGAAGAAUUGGACAUUUUUUAUUACAUUUAUACUAAUAUGUAAAGAGAAAUCGUCAGAAUGUAGCACUGAGAAAAUAAUAUAUUUUGUCAAACAAGUGUUUAUUUACUGGGGUCUUAUUUUUAUAUUGAUCUGUCUCCUGCAAUGUGAGUAUGCAGAUCUAGUUGGAGCAUUUAUACACUGCUUUUGUAUUUCUUGCCUUCCGUUCUUUUACUAAAAUCAAAAUUGAAUCAAAAUCUGAUGACAAUAAAUAAUUGAUGAAAAGCUCUA